GAACCCUCUUUCUCUUCGUCCCUCCUCCGUCCUGCAUUUCAAGUAUUCCCCUCAACAGUAUGUCAGUUUCUGCGAUCCUUACCGUCACCGCCUCCGAAUAUGGGAACCGCACAGGCAACGUAAUCGAUCCCGCCCAGGCCAAUUUUGACACCGUCGUCUUUUGGUUUGCCCUUGACAAACUGCGACGUCAUCGUCACUGGAAACUAGACGGCCAUGUACAUUUCGUAUACCGCGGCGCAACGUCGGAGACGCCACGUCCGUCUAUGGAUAAUGUGAUUCUUACCCCUCCGACAACGGUCAAUUUGACAGGACGGCAUCGUGCGAUUUUUACAGCCAUAAGAGACCCCCAUAUACAGGAAGACUGUUUUCUUUGUCACAACUCUCGAAGUAUUCCCGGCUGGCAUGCUUUUGACACCAUGAAAGCUGCCGAGACUGAGAGCCAAGAGGAACCGGCUCCGGCCACUGAAGUUAAACCUACUCUGGCGGUGGGGUUUGUACGGAGAAUGUCCGAAACCGCCGUGCAGGAUAUUAUUCCUGUUAUCCAAAGCAUAGCCGGCACCCCGGGUGCGGUAGCCAGUGCAGUUGCGGAUACGUUUCGUCACCCUAUCGGAACGUUGCAAGAAGUCCAAGCCGCCGUGCAGGAUAUUCUUCCUGUUAUCCAAGAUAUAGCCAGUUCCCCGCUACAGGUGGUAACUCAAGCGUACGACAACGUAUCUGCCACAGCUACCAGGCUUGGUGCUCUGAGGAUCAGUGCAACGGAACCUUGGAGUUUUCUCGACGACCUUGUUGAAGAUACUGGGGCAGAAGACCCAGCCGAAUCGGACAAUGAAUUUGAAGACGCUCUUCCAUCUGCCCCCAACAUCAGUGCGGAUUUGCAGGUGUUGUUUACGUCGCUGACCACGUUCAUCGACCAUCGUCUCGGAAGACUCCGGAACGAUAUUGGGAGUUUGUUUGAAUACGUUGCACGAGGCCAAAUCUUGACUCGUGUUCAGAGCAUUUUCGGCAUUGAGACAAUGAACCCGGAGGGAGUCAGAGUGCAAGGACGGGAAUUCACAUGGGAAGAUAAUAUGUCCUCUUUCCGACUACUUUGGACGGCCUUAACACAAAAGUAUCAAGCGCAAUGGGGAACGAACGAAAUCCCUGUCAAGUCUAGACCUCGGAGCCUUGAGAUAAACUUUUUGUACUUUUGCUAUCAUUCCGGCACGCCAGGCAAACCCAUAAUUUCCCCACCUACGGCUGUUCCACGCACCCCUCUUGACCAAGACUUUGAGGCGUCCCGUUCGGUAACCGGCAUGUCAGCUAUAAUGAAGGCCGUCGGAAAACAAGAACCCAACGUAGUCAUGGUCGGAGAACUUACCACGAGCGAACUCCUUCUAAAUAACAAGGCUACAAGAAGAAAGCUUGGACAAUUGGAACGUGGGCGCCCGUGCGUUCCGUGACGAGCUGUUUGGACCCGAUGGAUUUGGGUUAUCAUUUCCCAUACUUGCGCGAAUGAGUAGGGAAGAAAGGUUUUUGGUAUUGCCCCCGUGAAGUUGUGUGUGUGCAUGUAGUUAGUUCUAAACACGGGAUAUGUCCUUUGCGAGAUUGUACAACAAUAGUUUUUUGGUUACUUCCUGCUCCUCUUGUUUUCUUAUACUCUAUACUCUGGCAAA